GCUCGGGCUUUCAGGAUGUUUCUUGACGUGCUACGAUCGUCGCGUUCGCAACGAUCUCGCACAGCCAUGCCGAGAAGUCUGUAUGUGCUGCUGCCAUCCCGGAGCUUGCGCCGACUGCCAUUUACCAGGAACAAUGUGUAUGUGGACCGAUUGCACGGCUUGCUUCGAAGGCUGCGCAGCAACCAUGGGAGAAUGCGGCACUUGCUUGAGCGGAGCGGGAGAAGCCGGGGCCCCGGUGCUGCUCGUCGUCGGCCUUGCAGUCCUGGCGCUCUUUGCAAUCGUCGGGAUCUUCUACAGCGUUUUGGUGGCGACGAUGGUUUGCCAGAGAAUUUGGCAGCGGCACUACCAUAUCUUGGCCAAGCGAAUGCUAACCAAGGACUAUGUGGUGGAAGAUCUGGAUGGAGAGUCACUGGGACCGGAUUGGACGCCUCCUCCCCUUCCGCCGGAUCACGUCCAACAUCUCAAGUCGCUGGGAUUGCUCUGAUAGAGAACUCUCCCGGCUUGUAACAUAUAAACGAGAACUUAAGAUUUGUAAGGGGCAUUCCAGAUGGAAGCCAAAAAGGCGAGCGGCGGCCACCACCAUUGACAGCCUUCCGGACGAUGUCAUCCUCGCCAAGUUACCUCAAGACUAUCAUUCCGAGGAUUAUUACCCUCUGGUGAGCAAAAGUCCCUCAAGAGCUAGCAGCUUCCUAGAUGGAAUAGAAACCCUCAAAAGCUUUUGUUUCCACGGUUGUCAUGGCGAAUGAGCAAGAGGCGCUUGCUUGCGUGGGAGGACGAGAUCGCUUAUCGGCUGCGGCAAUGCGGGGACGCGAAGGAUCUCUCGUGGGGCAAGCUCAUUCACGCGUCCAUUCUCGACUCCACCGAGCUCCUCCCCACGUAUCUCGGCAAUCUGUUGAUCCAGAUGUAUGGCAAGUGUGGCUGCCUGGACCAGGCCCACGCCGUCUUCUGCAGCCUCGAGAUGCCCAACCUCUUCUCGUGGAACAUCUUGUUCCAAGCGUAUGCCGCGAACGGGCAUACACGGCGAGCGAGAGACUUGUUUCAAAACAUGCCGCAAAGAAGCGUUGUGACGUGGAAUGCAAUGGUGAACGCUUUGGCUCAAGAUGCGCAGCUUGACCAGGCUUGUGCCGUAUUCAAUGUAAUGCCCGCGCGAGACGUUGUGUCCUGGAAUGGACUUGUUGCAGCAUAUGCCGCAAAGGGGCAUUUUUUUUUAUGCCAGGACUUAUUUGAUCUGAUGCCGCAGCGCGACGAGGUCACCUGGACCGCCCUCGUGUCUGGUCUUUCUGAAAGUCAAAGGCCGCUUGAGGCUGCUAACGUAUUCGCUUUAAUGCCACACUGGAAUGUUGCGGCAGCGACGACUAUGAUAGCAGCAAAUGCCCAGAUGGAAAAUCUGGAUGAGGCUGCUAAGACUUUCGGGAGAAUGCCGCAGCGAAAUGUAAUUUCCUGGACGACCUUUCUUGAUACAUAUGCUUGCAAGGGGCUGCUAGCUUUUGCCACGCAGAUUUUCGACCGAAUGCCGAAGUGGAGCCUUGUAAGCUGGACUGUCAUGGUGCAAGGAUUUGCGCAAGGCGGCAACCUACACGAAGCAAAGCUCUACUUCAACAACAUGCCGGAACGAAACGAUGUCACUUGGAAUGUGAUGCUCUCUUGCUACGCCCAGAGCUUUCACAACCACGAUCAAGCUCUGGAAAUCUUCCAGAGAAUGCCCCGCCAUGACGUUGUGUCGUGGACUGUGAUGAUCCAAGCUUUUGGCCAGCAAGGCGACGUUGGAGAGGCUAGAAGUUUCUUCGACAAGAUGCCGAGUGUGAGCUUGGUGUCGUGGACGACGAUCAUCGUGACCUACGCCCAAAAUGGUUAUCUAGACGAAGCAAAGUCCGUGCUGGAAAAAAUGCCGCUUUGGGACCUCGUUCCUUGGAACGCAAUGGUUACCGGGUACGCUGACGCUGGUCACUGCUGUGCUGCAAAGGAUUGCUUCGACACGAUGCAUCAUCGGGGAGUGGUGACCUGGAACUCGAUGAUCCAGGCUUAUGCUCAAGCUCGCGAUCGUAUCAACGACGCGGAGGCUGUUUUUGAGAGGAUGCCACAGACCGACAUCGUUUCCUGGAACUGUUUGAUGGGAGCGUAUUCUCAAAACGGUAAUUUCUCGCAAGCAAAGUGGACAUACAAUCGAAUGCCGGACCGAGACGCUGUUUCUCACGCAGGAAUCAUGGCUAGCUUGUCGGGGAUUGGCCAAGUCGAGGAAGCUCGAGUAGUGUUUAGCAGGAUGGUCGGCAAAGAAGUGGCUUCCUGGCUCGCUUUGAUGCAAGUGUUUGCUGCAAAUGGUCGUCACCAAGAGGCAAAAGAAGUUUUUGGCAGGAUGCCACGGCACACAGUCUCCUGCUGGAACGCUAUCGUUUCGGUCCUCGCAAGCAGUGGAGAUUUGGAGGAAGCCUCCAACACUUUGAAAGCGAAAAUGCCAGAACAGAACACCCUCUCGUGGAACAUCCUGCUGAACGCUCACGUCCACCAGGAGAGCAGCGAGCUCGAUACUGUAAAAACGCUGUUUUUCGAGGCACCGGCCAAGAACUCCUCGUCGUGGAACGCCCUAGUGGAAGCUCACGUCCACAACGACGAAUUCCAGCAAGCCAAGGCCAUCCUCCUCGCCAAAAUCCCGCAGUGGAACAUGUACGUGUGGAACGUCUUGCUCACGGGGUUUUCUCACAGUGGUUUCAUGGACGAGGCCGAGUGGAGCUUUGAAACAAUGCCGUACAGGGACGUGAUCUCCUGGACCGCAAUCAUCACCGCGUGCUCGCAAAACGGCCUCGCCAGGAGAGCUCUCGACCUCUUCCAGGCGAUGAAGAUCGAAGGCAUCGAUCCCGAUGGAGUAACUUUCGUGAGCGUCUUGAGCGCCUGCAGCCACGAAGGACUGAUGAAACAGAGCCGGAGCUACUUCCUCUCUAUCGCCGGAGACCACGGAUUGGAUCACAGGAAAGAACAUUACUGCUGCAUGGUGGACAGCCUCGGACGAUCCGGCCGCCUUGAUCUUGCCGAGGAGCUCAUCACCACCAUGCCGUUUCGCCCAGAUGGAGUGGAGUGGGGAAUGCUGCUCGCUGCUUGCAAGCUCCACCGCGAUGGUGAUCGCGGAGCUCGAGCUGCCGAGCGUGUCUUCGAUCUCGAUCCAGGAAACGUUGCUCCUUAUGUGCUCCUCGCCAACAUCUACGCAGUGCUCGGCAAGCACGACCAAGUUGCCGCGGUGAGAAGGAUGAUGAUCGCCAGAGGUGUGAAGAAGCAGCCGGGAGUCAGCGUGAUCCGGCACGAUGGCUCGCUCCAUCGGUUCGUGGCUGGAGAUUUAUCCCACCCUCGAUCUCCAGAGAUCAUUGCGGAGCUGGAUCGGCUGAGCGCUGGGAUCAAGGAAGCUGGCUACGUUCCAGACACCAUCGAAGUUUUGCAUCACGUCGCUGAGGAAAGCAAGGACGAGCUGCUGUGCCACCACAGCGAGCGGCUUGCGAUCGCGUUUGGGUUGAUGGUGAUCCAGGACGAUCGCGCCAAUCCACGCAAACCAGUGCGGGUGCUUAAGAACCUUAGAGUUUGCUCGGACUGUCACAGCUUCACGAAGCUCGUGUCUAAGCUGGUUGUCAGGAAGAUCAUCGUGAGAGACGCUAGCCGGUUCCAUCACUUUGAGCAUGGGAAGUGCUCAUGUGGAGACUACUGGUGAUCCUGCUUUAGAAGCUGAUCGUUUUGCCUUCUCAUAACUCACAAUUGGAUUGAUCCUUCUGUGGAAGAAGGAGAAUAUUUUGGUACACUAAAUAAUAUUUUGUUAACGUUUUAAUA